GGGUGACGCAUACGGACAACAGCUCCCAGACAACCAAGAAACGCAAUAGCAGGGAAAAAUUUACUUUUUCGCUAAAUCCAGGUGAAAAAACAGAUCAGCCAGGAUGAGUUUCUUUGGAAAGAUGUUCGGCGGCAAGAAGGAGGUGGCCCCCACCACCGGAGAGGCGAUACAAAAGCUCCGCGAGACGGAGAAUAUGCUGAUCAAAAAGCAGGAGUUCCUGGAGGCAAAGAUCGAGGACGAGCUGAAUAUAGCUCGCAAAAAUGCGUCAAAAAACAAAAGAGUGGCUCUUCAAGCCCUUAAAAAGAAGAAGCGUCUGGAGAAACAGCUACAGCAGAUCGAUGGCACCCUGUCCACCAUUGAGAUGCAGCGAGAGGCUUUGGAGAGCGCCAACACAAAUACUGCCGUCUUGACCACAAUGAAGAAUGCCGCGGAUGCCCUCAAAACCGCUCAUCAAAAUAUGGAUGUGGACAAGGUGCACGAUAUGAUGGACGAUAUUGCCGAGCAGCAAGACGUGGCUCGUGAGAUUUCCGAUGCCAUUUCUAACCCUGUGGCGUUUGGGGCCGAUCUUGAUGAUGAGGAUCUUGAGCGCGAACUUGACGAACUGGAGCAAGAGAACUUUGAUAAGGAAAUCAUUGGUAUUCCCGAACCGACGCCCACAUUGCCCGAAGCGCCCACAGAAGAUUUGCCCGAAAAGGCCAAAGAGAAGAAAAAGGCAACUACCACGACGGCUGUAGCGUCCGAUGAUGAUGAUCCAGACAUGAAGCAGCUUUUAUCCUGGUCCAACUAAAUCAAAGCGCUAUCGAAAUCUCCACACUGUUUUGCAGAUUCACCCACGACCCAAAUCGUUUUGUUUUAAUUAAUAAUCAAUAAUUAAUUAAGCCAAAUUUCAGUUAGAAGAGAGGGAGAGAAAAACAAGGCAUCAAUUCCUUUGGAAAUUUAUCAAGUGGCACAUAAAAUAGGAUUGUGAUUUAAAAAAUAAACGAAAGGAGCAUAGUCAGGCCAUGCAUCAAAAACCGUAUAUAAUCACAUUGAAAAAAAUAUAUUUAUUUGAUAAUUAAUUUGUUUAAAGUUGAUUGGCCAUCAACAGAUUGUGUAUUCAAUAUUCCAACAAUAGUAGCUUUUUGAUAAACCAGCAAUAUGUUUUGUGGCACUCAUAUAUCCGCAGACUUAGCUUUGUAUUGAAAGAUUCACAUAAAUAAAAUUAAGAUGCCGCUCGACUGCAGAGAAUUCAGUUCAAACGAGAGGUGCAAAGAAAGAAUAAACCAAAAUAUUUUAUUAAAAUGAGUUUGCUUACAGCACGGUUCUAAUAAAACACCGGAAAUGGAGCUUGGAAA